AAAAUAGCCUUCAGAGGCGAGGAUAAUCUCUGGUAUUACGGCGAAGUUAAUUAUUGAGAUAAAGUGUACUGCGUUUGAAAAUAACAUGUAGUAUGUAACUUAUUGUUUCUAAGCAAUAUGUAAUGUCAAAGCGGAUCAGCUGCUGCCGCUGAGAUAUGCACAGAUCCACUUGUACUCAGAGACCUGUGCAAAUGGUAAUGAAAUAUCACUUUAAAACGCGCGCGAUCGAUAACGAGCGGCACAUUAUAUAAUAUAUAUUAUACACACGCUCUUCACAAACAGACGACCGCGACCGGCUCAGAUAAGCCGCGCCCGUGUCAUGUUUACCCAGAAAAAUAAAUCGUUGUUCGUCUACAAUGUAAUACGACGUAGAAAUCAGUUAUCGAUCGCGAGCUCGGCAAGAUGUAUCGGCUGUUGCUACUUGUCGCCCUCGUCGGCUGUUCUCAUGCCCUGUACGGUGGCCAGGAGAUCGAGAUCGAGUUGGCUCCGCACCAGGUGAGCAUAUGGGAACGGCUGCAUCCGAAAUGCGGCGGUAGCAUCGUCAACGAGGAAUGAGUGCUGAGUCUCAGCAGCUGCGACGAUGCUUUCAUCGAGAACUUCAAGGUCGUCGCCGGUUCCAAGUACACCGACGCUCGCGGCGAAUCCGAGCACGAAGUCGUCGAGACCGUGCAUCAUGCUUUCGGCUCCGGAGGAAAGGUCGACCCGUCCCGAGAACUGGUCCUCCUGCGCGUCAGUCCACCCAUAAGCUUCGACGCUAAGCGACAACCUGUCAAACUCGUCGACGCCGACUACCUGCUCGUGCCUGGCCAGAAGCUGAGCUUCAGCGGCUAUGGUUACACCGACGGUUUCGUCAAAUCGCCGACACUUCGUUCCGGCAGCGGAAACUCGAUUCUGCUUGAGGAUUGCGUGAAAGCUUACGAAGGUCGUUUCGGAAGUCUGUAUCCCGGACUGGCUUGCAGCGACGGCAACGCUACCGGUACCAGUGCUUGCAUCGGAGACUCCGGUACCCCAGUGCUUCUGGAGGAUGGAAGACUCGUAGCUGUGUCCACGACGAGGUACUCGUGUGGAAAGCCCUCGAAGGAACCCGAUGUUCUGGCACUGGUCGCCAAGGUCAGAUCCUGGAUCAAGAUUGUCACGAAUGUCUGAUGGUUAUUCAUCUAUUUUUUAUUCAUUUUUCGCUACCUUCUACAAUAAAGAGAAUUUUACAUCCUAUCUACCUCUGCACUUACUUUUCCCGUGUACCUGCGCUCACCAAAGCGAAAUAUCAUCCGCUUUUUGCCGGGCUAAAAAGGGGAACAAACAGACGAUGUACACCGGAGAGGAAAAAAAGAAAAAGCUCGCACAAAAGAGGAAUCCUCCGACAAAUCUAACGCAGAACACAGUCCGGACGAGCACAUUGCACACUGUCUUAUACCAGUCGAGGGACGGCAAACUUCGCCCCGUAAGCCACUGUAAUUUACAGGAAACUAACUCUCUCGAGUUGCUGCAGAAGAGAGAGAGAGAGAGAGAGAGAGAGAGAGAGAGAGAGAGAAAGAGAGAGAAAGAGAAAUUGCCUCGAGCAUUUCUCUCGUUGUUCCUUUCUCUCGGUCAGCUGUAGCUGGGCUACAUAUAGCUAUUUGCUUCCUCGCCGUGUAAGAUAGGAGCAUCUUUCUCACUUCCAUUUCGGAGCUGGUCGACGCUGCCUUUGAAUUUAUCGUGCCUUUAAUUUUGAUGAGUGAUCAUUGCAGCAAGUCGUUUUUGAGCUGUAUGCUCGAGGAAAUGUUGCCAUUUUUCGCUUGCUCGACACGUAGAUUCGACGAAUCAUGCUCUGAUAGCACCGCCCAAAAUAGCUCCAUUCUCCCAGCCGAAAGUUCGAGUAAACAACGAGGGGAAAGCACACAUUGUGGGUAUAUAUAUCGUAAAUUAUGCCAGAUUUGAGCAGACCACUGAGAUAACUCAAGUGCUUAAUUAUCAUGACAAUUAGUAACGUUUCUACGAGCAUAGAUAGCGGGGAAGGGGCUGGUCGAUCGAGAAGACACUGCACAGGAGUAUUAUUGAAGAAACAGACGGCAGUUCGUUCACACAGCGCGGAUAGCUAGCAGCAUGUUGAAACUUGUCACACUUAUCGCCUGCGUCGGCCUCGCCCGAGCAAUGCCCACCCGAAUAUCCGGUGGUUCCUCCGCCGACGUCCGCAACCAUCCGUACCAGGUCAGCGUCAACGCUUACGGCAAGUACCGGUGCAGUGGUGCGAUAAUCAGCCGUGACUGGGUCCUCACAACGGUCCAUUGCGCGAGCAUUCCACGUGAGAGCUGGCACGUCGCAACUUCAGAACGGCGGCACCGUCCACUCGAUCGGCAAGGUCAUCGAUCACGAUUACUACACCUCGCAACUGGCCAGGUUCAACGACGUGGCGCUCCGAUCGAGUUGAUCGAUGCCAAGGUCUCGAUUACCGAGGGCUCUACCGGUGUCAUCAGCGGUUGGGGUACUAAGUUCGAUGGCCCGGAGCUUCCUCGGCUGGAAGCUGUAACCACGGACAUAAUGUCUCUGUCCGACUGCGUGGACGUCUUCCAUACACGCUUCGGUCGACUACAGCCGGGUAUUAUCUGUGCUAAGAACGAGAAGAAGCCGAGCGGAGCCGCUGCUUGUUCCGAGAUCUGGACUGCAGAUGACUCGGGCGCACCUCUUGUCGUUGAUGGAAAACUAGCAGGUGUCUUCUCAUGGGGAUACAAGUGCCAGCAACCUGGAUUCCCGUCGGUAUUUAUGAAGGUCGCUUACUACCGCAACUGGAUCAGGCGGAACUCUGGUCUUGCACAACAAUCGUCGAUGAUGUUUCGCCUAGCUGUGCUCGCUUGUGUCCUCUGCGCCGUGAGCGCCAAGUUGAUAACGCCGGAGGACAGUUCGACGGGUCGCAUAAUCCACGGCGAGACGAUCACGAUCGAGACGGCACCGCACCAGGUGAGCAUCAUCCGCACGGCGACAGACAGACACACCUGUGGUGGCAGCAUCAUCUCCCGACACUACGUUCUAACCGCUGGUCAUUGCGCUGGUGGCGCCGCCAAGGACUACAAAGUUCGCUCUGGAUCGAGUUUCUGGUCGCGAGGAGGCAGCGUUCACCGGGUAGUCGAGGUGAUCAGACACGAGGAUUACCACUCGACUGAGACUGGUAGCCCGGUUCACGACGUGGCACUCAUGAGGGUGGCAGAACCUUUUGACGUUGAUGGAGAGACUAGGAAGUUCACGGUGCUGUUCAAGAGCCGCGAGGCGUCUAAGGCUGGAAGAGCUGCCGUGGUAACCGGAUGGGGUAAAACCGAGAACGGCACCCUAACUGAUCAGUUACAGUCGCUGGCCAUCACGAUCGUGUCCAGAGGGCGUUGCGAAAAGGCUUACGAGGAACUGGGCGGUGUACCCGAGGGUCAGAUCUGUGCGGCUCACCCAACUGGUCUGAAGGACAUGUGCAACGGCGACUCUGGUGGUCCACUUCUCGUUGGUGGACGUCAAGCCGGUAUCGUCUCCUGGAGUGGACCCGGAUGUGCUUUGCCACAAUAUCCAGGUGUGUACACCGAAGUCGCAGCUUACCGGCAGUGGAUCGAUGAACACGUACAGGAAUGAAGUAAAAGGAAUUUUUACAAGGAUGGACUAUUCUUCAUAUUGUGCUGCCUCUAUUUAUACUAUUACGUAGUUACAUAAUAAAUUUUUUUUACAAGA